AUGGGUGGAACAGCAGAACCUCCUAAAGGAACAGCAGAACUUCCUAAAGGAACAGCAGAACCUCCUAAAGGAACAACAGAGCCUCCUAAAGGAACAGUAGAGCCUCCUAAAGGAACAGUAGAGCCUCCUAAAGGAACAGCAGAACUUCCUAAAGGCACAGGAGAGCCUCCUAAAGGAACAACAGAGCCUCCAAAAGGAACAGCAGAGCCUCCUAAAGGAACAGCAGAGCCUCCUAAAGGAACAGCAGAACUUCUUAAAGGCACAGCAGAACUUCCUAAAGGCACAGCAGAGCCUCCUAAAGGAACAGCAGAGCCUCCUAAAGGAACAACAGAGCCUCCUAAAGGAACAGCAGAACCUCCUAAAGGCACAGUAGAGCCUCCUAAAGGAACAGCAGAGCCUCCUAAAGGAACAGCAGAGCCUCCAAAAGGAACAGCAGAGCCUCCUAAAGGAACAACAGAACCUCCUAAAGGAACAGCAGAGCCUCCUAAAGGAACAGCAGAGCCUCCAAAAGGAACAGCAGAGCCUCCUAAAGGAACAACAGAACCUCCUAAAGGAACAGCAGAGCCUCCAAAAGGAACAGCAGAGCCUCCUAAAGGAACAACAGAGCCUCCUAAAGGAACAGCAGAACCUCCUAAAGGCACAGGAGAGCCUCCUAAAGGAACAGCAGAACUUCCUAAAGGCACAGUAGAGCCUCCUAAAGGAACAGCAGAGCCUCCUAAAGGAACAGCAGAGCCUCCAAAAGGAACAGCAGAGCCUCCUAAAGGCACAGCAGAGCCUCCAAAAGGAACAGCAGAGCCUCCUAAAGGAACAACAGAACCUCCUAAAGGAACAGCAGAGCCUCCUAAAGGAACAGCAGAGCCUCCAAAAGGAACAGCAGAGCCUCCUAAAGGAACAACAGAACCUCCUAAAGGAACAGCAGAGCCUCCAAAAGGAACAGCAGAGCCUCCUAAAGGAACAACAGAGCCUCCUAAAGGAACAGCAGAACUUCCUAAAGGCACAGCAGAGCCUCCAAAAGGAACAGCAGAGCCUCCAAAAGGAACAGCAGAGCCUCCUAAAGGAACAGCAGAACUUCCUAAAGGCACAGCAGAGCCUCCUAAAGGAACAGGAGAGCCUCCUAAAGGAACAGCAGAACCUCCUAAAGGCACAGUAGAGCCUCCUAAAGGAACAGCAGAGCCUCCAAAAGGAACAGCAGAGCCUCCUAAAGGAACAACAGAGCCUCCUAAAGGAACAGCAGAGCCUCCUAAAGGCACAGGAGAGCCUCCUAAAGGAACAGCAGAACCUCCUAAAGGCACAGUAGAGCCUCCUAAAGGAACAGCAGAGCCUCCUAAAGGAACAGCAGAGCCUCCAAAAGGAACAGCAGAGCCUCCUAAAGGAACAACAGAACCUCCUAAAGGAACAGCAGAACUUCCUAAAGGCACAGCAGAGCCUCCUAAAGGAACAGCAGAACCUCCUAAAGGAACAGCAGAACCUCCUAAAGGCACAGGAGAGCCUCCUAAAGGAACAGUAGAGCCUCCUAAAGGAACAACAGAACCUCCUAAAGGCACAGGAGAGCCUCCUAAAGGCACAGCAGAGCCUCCUAAAGGAACAGCAGAACCUCCUAAAGGAACAGCAGAACCUCCUAAAGGCACAGGAGAGCCUCCUAAAGGAACAGCAGAGCCUCCUAAAGGAACAACAGAACCUCCUAAAGGAACAGCAGAACUUCCUAAAGGCACAGCAGAGCCUCCUAAAGGAACAGCAGAACCUCCUAAAGGAACAGCAGAACUUCCUAAAGGCACAGGAGAGCCUCCUAAAGGAACAGCAGAGCCUCCUAAAGGCACAGCAGAGCCUCCUAAAGGAACAGCAGAACAGCCUUAA